AUGGCGGAGGAGCCGGCAAAACGGCCUCCAAGCGGUAUCCCACGCCUAUCAAGACUUCCAUUGCCAACAACGACAGGCCCCAAAGCAGUACGACCCUCUCCAUCCAGAGAGAGACUACAAGCAGAUCAGGGACUGAAUGUUUCGCGACUCCGCAGGCCCUCCGAAGAUGUUUUCAAAAAGCCGCAUCUCCCUCCCCCCCCAGCCCGCAAAAUAUCCGACAAUCUAUACCUGCAGCGAAGGACUUCGCAAGGGGGUCGUUCCAUUAGGGCCGCCGCAUCCACAGAUUGUCUCUCCGCUCGCAGGGGCUUGGAUCUCUCGAUUGCUGGACUAGGACCUUCUUUGGAGGCGAGAACCGUCGAGACUUUGUCGCAGAUUCCUUCAUCUCCGUCUCCAAGCAGGAGGCAAUCUGGCUUCUUCAGGCCAUCAAGUCCAGUGCGCUCCCCGUCCCGGCCUAUUUCCGAGAUACAUCAACCAUCGCCCUCGCAGUUCACUUCAACAUCUAGGCAUGCGGCGCCUCGGGCAUCUUUAUCCGCUACACCUUCUCGAGCUACGCCAGCAAAGCAAUCAGCGACCAAACCUCGCGGGGCCCCUAGUGCCCCUUCUUCUAGGAAGGCUAGCGAGAGUGGCCAUAAUGGCGUGCCUGCGGUUCCCUCAUCAAAGCCAACUUCGGGUACACCUCGUAGUUCAACCCAAGGCGAAAGUAAAACCACGACUCUUCGAAGUUCAAGGUCGCGAAGAUCACUGGCUCCUAAUAUCAGCCACCCGACCCCUGAAACGAAAGGAUCUACUGGGUUGAAAGAUGUCCCAAAACUUAAGAAGCCCCAAUCUCAAAAGUUUUCCUCUGGACGCUCUUCUAGUCUAACUUCGCCAACGUCCAGUGUUUCCAAAAUGUCACAAGAGACGACCAGUAAACCCCAGGAAGUUAAAAAGGGGUCUAAAUCAUCAAGCGCCUUGAGAGAGAGCAUUGCAAAAGCAAAAGCGGCUCGCAAGACUGCAAGACAAAGCAAUGCAAACGAUGGGCACAAUGACCCUUUUGAGAAUAUAUCAAUGAAGGACCCCUUCGGCGCACUGCAAAACCAGGCGUCCAAUAAAGCGGUUCUGAAAAGUAGAACUGCAGCUGCCCGAAAAUCUGGCCAUUUGAAUAUUGCAGCUCUGAGCCUACGGGAAAUCCCUCCUGAAGUCAUGACGAUGUACGAAUAUGACCCCGAAAGCACUGAAGAUUGGUACGAGACCGUGGACUUGAUCAAGUUCAUAGCUGCCGAUAACGAAUUUGAAUCUCUCUCAGAAGAUGCCUUUCCUGACAUUGACAUAUCUUCUUUGAGCAUGGAUGAAGACAGCAAGGGCAAUCAGUUCGGUGGGCUAGAGUUGCUAGACCUACAUGGAAACAUUCUUACUAGCCUUCCAAUCGGGUUGAGAAGACUCCAGCGUCUCCAUUCCCUUAAUCUGGCGAAAAACCGGCUCAAUAUGGACGCUAUUGAAGUUAUCACUCAAAUACCAUCUCUUACAGAGUUAAAACUGGGUAACAAUGACCUGGAAGGCAUGUUGACGCCUCAACUUGGGUCUCUCCAGAAGCUCGAAACUCUAGACCUUCGCGGGAAUACUCUCACGGGACUUCCUGACAAUCUUUCAGACUUGACUGCGCUGCGAAUUUUGAAUGUUGCGGAAAACCAGUUAACGUCUCUUCCAUUCAGCGCCAUGUCCAAACUCCCACUUGUUGAAAUCAGUGCCCAGAAAAACCGACUACAGGGCAACCUUAUCCCGGCAUCCAUUCGUCGGAUCGAAGGACUUCAAAUCUUGAACGUGUCCGGAAAUUCACUAGAUGGUUUUUAUGCAGGGGAUAGCCUUGAACUUCCGAGUUUACAGCAAUUGUUUGCGGAUGCAAAUCGUAUCAAGUCCCUACCCAACGUCUCUUCAUGGACAUGUCUUCUCACCUUGGUUAUGGAGGAUAAUGACUUGACCCAGGUUCCGGGAGGCCUUUCCGAACUAACUGGCUUGAGACAUGUGGAUCUCAAAGGCAAUGCCAUUACUGCUCUUGAUGAUGCCAUUGGCUUGCUAGACAAUCUGAUGACUUUUAAUAUCGAAAACAAUCCCCUUCGGGAACGAAAAUUGCUUACUAUGGAUACUGAAGCGCUCAAGCGAGAACUUCGCAGUAGAUAA